AUGAGAAGUUUAAUUUUCCUUUUCAGCGAACCAUCCGACCCACACGAGCAGCUCAACAUGGUGAAUCACCAUCGAAAGAUGAAAAUGAUGUUCAGGAUAAUUAGGCAAGCAAGCUUAUCUGCGGCGUUAAAAAUGAUAAUAAGAGAUGAAAUAAGGCGCAAGCAACAAGCUCGUAACACACCGAAAUUAUUGCAGUUAGCCUCUAUCAUUGAUCCAACAGGCAUAGCGAAAGACUUGCCCCAUGAAAAAAUGAUUGCAUGCGCAGAAAAACUGCGAAAGAGAUAUCUAAAAGCCAAAAAAACUAUGUGUUCAUAUUGCAAAGGACAAGCUGUCACAACUGUAGACACAUCUUUUAAAGUGGACGGUCACGAGGAAGAAGUUCAACUGCAAGCUGUCAUUGUAGAUCUCAACAAACUAGAAGAAGCAGGUAUUUCUCGACUUGAGGACAUCUUAACCGUCAACUGA